GCUUCCAUAGUUCAACCGGCAAGCAGGAAGUUUACAUCACAUGGUACAGUUGCUGUAGGCCCAGAGUUAGUCUAUGCACAGACUGACCAAGGCUGAAAUAUUACGUAUGUAGGCCUAUACUGAGUAGCUGCAUGUGAAUCGGUACAGAAUUGAUUUUGAAUUUGAAAGAAAAAGAAAGAAUAUCUGUAUGAAAUACAGGACAAACUUCUGGUUGUCUGGUGGUGAUUGCUAUACCUGUAACAGAUGACUAGGCCAUCAGUAUAAUAAUGAAGUUGAGGCACGAACUGUGGGCACGAACUAGUAGAGAGAGUUGUUCCUAAACCAGUGGCUCAUUGAAUAGAAACAUGAUGAAAGAUAAAGGUGGAAAGAGACCAAUGAAGGGGUCCUCAGCCAGCUCAGACAGAAAUGUGGACAGCUAUAUGAUCUCCCCCUCAGCUUUCUUCAAAUAUCUAUGUCGCCCAACUGAUCCAGCAAAUCUGGCAGUUCUUAGGAUUGCCUUUGGAAUUCUGAUGAUGUUUGAUAUCCCACAGGAGAGAGGAAUGUCCCAUGCUGAUGUUAGGUGGGGCAGACAAGAUGUCUGCAGGUUUCCACUCUUCAAUUCACUCAAAGUGGCCCCACUACAAUGGAUGUAUAUCAUAUAUCUUGUCAUGUUUUUAGGUGCCCUUGGUAUAACAUUAGGCUUGUUUUACCGUACCAGCUGCCUGCUCUUUAGUACUACAUACUGGUAUGUAAUUCUGUUGGAUAAGACUUCCUGGAACAACCAUUCCUACUUGUAUGGCCUAAUAGCAAUUCUUCUAAUGACAGUGGAUGGCAACAGAUGGUGGUCUUUAGAUGGUCUUUUGAAUAAAUCCAUAAGCAACUCACAUGUUCCAUUUUGGAAUUACUUCAUCUGUAGAACUCAGAUUUUUCUGGUGUACUUUAUUGCCGGUUUAAAAAAGUUGGACCUGGAUUGGAUCACAGGGUACUCCAUGCAGAGAUUGUCCAGGAACUGGGUCUUUGAUCCCUUCAGGCUGGUGCUGACCGAUGAGCAGAUAGACCUGUUUAUUGUUCAUAUCUGUGGGUUAACGGUUGACAUGUUUGGUGGAGUCCUCCUUCUGUUUGACAGAACACGACCCAUUGGCAUACUCAUUUUGUCUUCAUUUCAUAUCAUGAACUCCACAAUGUUUUCUAUAGGCAUGUUUCCUUAUGCCAUGCUUGCCACCCUGCCUUUGUUUUGCUCUGCUGAUUGGCCAAAGAAAAUUAUUUUCAAUCUGCCAAAAUGUCUUCAAUUUCUCAUGCCAAAAGAGUCAGAAAUCCAACCCAGCUCACAUUGUAUUUAUGAUAAGGAGGACAUCAAGCCAGAGGAAGAUAGGAAGCACAGUGGAAAAAAAUCUCUAAACUCCAAAUCCCUGCCACCCACCUCACCUUUACUGGUUCACAAGAUGGGAGUUAUUUUUACUGUUCUACAUAUUGCUGUACAACUAUUUCUGCCAUACUCUCACGGAAUUACAAAGGGCUACAACAACUGGACUAAUGGACUUUACGGGUACUCCUGGGACAUGAUGGUCCAUUCUUGGACUACGCAGCAUAUCAGACUUUCCUACAAAGACAAGAUUUCAGGAAAAGAAGGAUAUCUCGACCCUACUGCAUUUGUUGACAAAUUUGGGAGGAGGUGGAGUAGUCAUGGUGACAUGGUAGUCCAGUAUGCUCACUGUGUGGCAGACAUCUUAAAGAACUACAAUAUGUCAGUGGAACUUUACUUUGACAUUUGGAAGUCGAUGAAUAAAAGAUUUCAACAAAGAAUGUUCGAUCCUAGAAUCAAUAUUGUCGAUGUAGAGUGGUCUCCCUUUAAAGAAGUUACUUUUGCUCUACCUCUUCUGGUUGAUUUAUCGCCAUGGCGAUCCAAAUUGGCUGAGAUGGAAAGUAAGCUGAUAGAUACCUCAAACUACACAGAUGUUGUAUUUGUGGCAGAUUUUCCAGAACUGCAUUUGGAAGCAUUCAUACAAGAAGAUUUGGGUAAUACCAGCAUCACACUGCUGUCGGGUAGUGUCAUAGUAGAAUUUGUGGAGCAGAAAAAGAAUUUCAGCCUUAAUAUUGGAGAUAAAAUCCAGGUACCCCCUGGUCAAUUCCACAAGGUCUAUACAGUAUCUGAGGACCCUUCCUGUUACAUGUAUAUCUAUGUAAACACCACAUAUGUUGAAAUCAUGGAAAAGGUGGAGAAAGUUGAGAAAAUAAUAAGUGACAAAAAUAUUAGUGCAGCUGCAGCCAUCAAGAGAGGGUUAUCUAGACGUGACCCGUAUGCUGAAGAUGUUAAACAAGAGAUAGAAAGAAGAAAUAAGGAGACUAAGGAGAAAACAUUUUUCGAGAAAGCAAAGGAAUUAUUUACUAGGAAAAUGAGUCUGUUUACAAGGAGCUGGAUUUUCCUGCGAGGAGCUUUAGAAAGUGUUGUGCUGCAGACCUCAUUUGAAGAGUUUCUUAACAAGACGUACAGUGAGGAGGCAGAACCCAGUUCACCGGAAUCUGUGGAACAAGUGUCUUAGAAACAUGCAGGAAUAACGCCUUUAUAAAUAUUUACAUUGGAAUGAGGCAGAUCCCAGUUCAUUUACACCGGAAUCUGUAGAACAAGUGUCUUAGAAACAUGCAGGAAUAACUCCUUUAUAAAUAAUUACAUUGGAAUAUCAUUGUUUUUUCUUUACAUGGAAUCAUACAUGGGGACCAAGAAAAGAACAAUUACAAUUCUAUUAAAGAUAAAAUAUGUCGAUCAGGGAAGGAAAUUAAUUGAAGUAUGUUAUAGUAAUUCUAAUCUAUCAUAUUACUUCUAUAUUGUGUGUAUGUUGAAACCUCUAUUGUUAGUAGUAAAGUAUAUUGGUUAGACUUCUAAUAUACAUGUAUAUCAUAAUAUCACCCACAACUGUCUCUCAUUUACAAAUGGGUAUUGCAACAUAUACACAUUUUCAUUAUUUAAGAGGUAAAUGUCAAUAUAUUAUGGGAUAAUGAAAACAAUGCAAGCAAAAUUACCCCAUCCUCCCAUUGUUCAUUUGACUGGUUGCUUCUUUUUUUAUAACUUAUUUGAAAGGUCACUUGUUUGACACCAUUUAUGUAGGGAAUUAUAAACUUAGUAACAUCAAUGUUUAUCACAGACAAAACAAUAGUAUAUAUGUGCAAAUAUGUACAUGAACAUGUAUUUCAUAUGCUUUUAUAGUAUGUUUAGUGCAUACAUACAUUUUCUUGGGCUUACAGAUGUAGCCUUGCUUAUGUGAAAUCUUUCUAAUCCACAAAUUCAAGAACAUAACUACAUGUACAAUUUGCCAAUAUUUUUUCUUGUACAUGUAUAAUUGAUGUACAUUUAUGGUGCCAAGUUUUAUCAUUUACGUGUAUGGUAUUUUUUAAAAUUUACUUUCAUUAACAUAUGUACUUUUUAUAAAAAAUUGAUUGCGAUUAUUCUUUAAUCUAAUUACGUUGGGACAAUCUGUUUAUUUAUGUUUAAUGUUUAUGAAAUCCGUGCAUUUUACUUAUAUUUUGAAUGUGAGCAUGUACAUGUACAGUGUGUAAUGUUCAGUGAUUUCAAGUCAGACUCAAUCUGUCUCAAACCUAGAAUACAUUUUAUGCUAAGUUGUGCAAUUUUUAUACGUCCUGAUCUUUAGAUGUAGAAUGUUACAGGGAUGUCUGUACGUCCAUCCUUCCAUCCAUUCAAGGCUUUCUGUUUCCAUUUCUGUCACACAUAAAGCUGAAAUUUGCUGUGUAGCUUCUUUGUGGGUCCUCUCUUGCAGGAGUUUUGUCCCUUUAUUUAAAAUUUUAUGUUAUAUGGAGGUACAUAAUUUGUCCACUUACAGUCAAGUGAGGACCUUCUUAUUUCAUGGAGUGUUUGUAUGGGUAUUAAAGAUGUGCAUGUGACAAGGAUUUUGAUUUUCUUCAAUUUCCAAGAAACUGAAAACUUUUAGUUUUUAGGAAAUAUUACAAAGUGAGUACAUGGUUUUUCCAUAUAACUCCUGUCAGUUUUCAAACUAAAGCAUUUGUAAACAUCUUGAAAUUGAAGAGAAUUUUAAUUCCCAACAAUUUUCUUUGAUGUUUUUGGGAAAUAUUUUACACACAGGGUCUUGGUUUGUCUAUCUACCUCGUACCAGUUUUAAUCUAGGACCUUUUAUUCAUAUGAUACAGAAGAAAGAAUGACACAGCUAGAUGAUGGCUUAUAUUACUGUAAGGGAUCAAUUGGAUCAUGCACACUCGUCAUUUCCGUAACUGGUUUUGAGGUUACGGAAAUAGCUGAGUAGUUACGAUUUUACAUAAAGAUUUACAACUCCUGGCAUUUUUGUACACUACUUAAUCUUGUGAUGGGCAUAUUAUGUAUCAAUUCAAGUACUCUUAUUUGUUUUUGCUUUUGAGAGCAAAUUAUAUUUCAAUCAAGAAUUCCAUGAAUGGCUAAUUUUUUGCAAUGUGUGACUGAUUUUCAGUAAAAGAAACUUUUGAAAAUAUUUGCUUUAGAUGUAAUAUUGCUUUAUAGAAAUAUAUGUUUACACCAGACAAAA